CCUAGUAGAAAAGCAUAAAAUUACCAAGUUUGCACCGAAUUGAUGGUGCCCUUGUGCACUAACGGCAUCAAAGAUAUAUUUGAGAAGUCUCCGUAUAAUUAUACAGAAGACGCUGAUUGGUGCUAUAAAGAAUACGGCGGUAAACACCUCAUUGCAUCGUCAAACAUCAUAUUUAGGUCCUACCUGAAAUGACAACAAUCUCCGGGCGAGCGAUUUUCUACAAUACAUUUCGUUUACAAGACAACCGUGUUGUGUUGAACUAGUGUAUUAUGUGUUAAUUAAAAUCGUAUAACAGUCGCAGAUUAGAAAAGUGAAAAGAGAUCAUUGUUUUUUUAUGUUUUUUAAUUCGUCAUGACGGACAAAACAGUAUUAACCAAUACUAUUGAAAAUGCCACCGAGCUGACGGCCCGUAUAAAAACAUUAAAUAAAAUUAUUGUACAAAUACAAAACGCCGAGAGUACGGCGGACAACUCGGACGAACUGGAAAAUCUGAAAAACAAUUUGAAAGACGCUGAAAAACAACUUGCGGUAGCCUUGAACGAGUUAGGUUCGGUACUGAAAAUAGACUUGGACGACUUCAAAUGCAAAACGACUGGACAAACUAGUACUAGUACGAGAGAAUGUAUUGCCGUUCGGCAACCGUCGACAGAGGGCAAAUUUGACGACACUGGUGAAAGUGCAUAUGAACAUUUAGCCGCCUUAGGCCAUUUAGAUAGUAUGGACAAAGAAGAAAUUUCGAAUGAAGUUAUCGAAAACGUUAUAGGCGAAUUAAAAAUCAAAAUGAAAGUGGCAGAAAAGCAUAACUCCAAACUUCGGUGCAAGUUAGACGAAGAAAAUAGAAAGAGUUUCAAGAUGGCCAAGAUGUUACGCAACAGAACGCCAUUCAGCAAAAUGAAAACUGGUGAAGUGGUAUUCCCGGGGAAAAAACAAAUGGAAACCAAAAUUGACAUAAUGACCAACGAGAUAAAGCGACUGAGACAAGAAUUUUACAAACUCCAGAUGGAACAUUGUCGUCUAGAACUGGCUAGAAACGCAAUGAUAGCCGCCGACUGUCCCGAACCCCCGGGAGAUGAUGACGUACAUGUUAAAACCGACAACAUUCUACAGCUCAAUGUAUUUUCUCAGAAAUUACAAGACAAUUUCUACGCCACGCUAGAAGAAAUAUCCAAGUUCCGGGUAAUGUUGGACGAUACAAAAAAUGAAUUAAGCUUCAACAACAAACAACUAUCUAAUGCAAAAGCGGAAAUUUCAGAAAAAUCUAAGGAAUUGACUGCGUUUAAAAAAUUGACCGAAGACCCUAGUAGCAUGAUACACGUUUAUAAUAAUGAGUUGAAAGACGCUAAAAAUCGCGUGGAAGGAUUGGAAAAGAUUAUCGAAAUGCAAAAAUGCGAAAUGGAAGCUAAAAACGAGAAAUAUAUGGAAAUGCUACAGAGAAAAGAAUUGAAAAAAAUUCAAUCCAACGAGCUGUGUCAAGAAAGAUGCAAGCGGGAAGUGGAAAACGAACAACAAUUUGAUCGUGUUAGGGAGUACUUUGAUAAACGUUUAGAGAGUAUAAAACAUUUCCCUAUUGCCUUCCAAGCCGCUAAAGAACAACUAUUUGAGCAAAAAGAAUUGAAAAAGGAAACGGAUAGAAAAAUUGAAUGUUUGAACGAUCUACUCAAAAAGAUAAGAGACAAAAAGAAAAACAUGCACACGGAUAAGUUGAAGACUCCCGAAGUUUUGGCAAUGGAAGCCAAAAAUGCCGAAAUGAAAAAUGAGUUAAAAAAAUUGGAAAAACAGUUGGCCGAAACCGAAAAACGUGGCUACGAAACCAAAAUUGCCGUAAAUCAAUUGAAGUCCGAGUUGGAGAGAAUUAAAAAAGAAUCAAGUUCCAAAAUUGCUGUAAUGAACAAAGGAUUGAAAAAACAAAUGGACAAGUAUUUGUGCGAUAUUAAGGAAUUACAACAGAGGAUAUCCGAAACCAAGGCUUAUGCUUGUUCGGAAACCGUACAAUUGGAAUUGGUGUCAGCAAAGCUAAAAGAACACAUGGACAGUUUGGAAUGCAACGUAGAACAAGCAAAAGACAACAUUACUGACAUCGAAAACACACAAAACUACGUACAAUUUAUAAAGAGAAACUUAUGCUAUCCGACCAUAAUUGUCAAAGACUUGAAAAAAGAUAAAAAAUGCACCAUGUGA